ACAGUCUGUACAUUUUUAUUUACAAUUGCGUUUGUAUAUUUGACAGAAAUCCUUGUCAAGUUAAUUCUAGAAUAUCUGGUCCCUGAAACAGAGGCGAUUUAAAUUUAACCGUAGGCUAUAUUUCACUUUCAUUUUCUAAAUUUAACACUGUCAAACACAACACUAUUUCCUUAUAUUCGUUUCCACGCAUUUCACUGAUUUGAAAAAGGAUUGAUUCACUGAUCAUUUACUGCUCUCUGAAUACAGAAAAGUGCAUUUGCAUUUUUUAAGUGCAUUCGACUUCUAGUUGAAAAUAUUCAGGUAGAGGAUUGACCCAAUUCCGAGGGCUAAUAAGAUUUGUGAUUUCUGUAAAUUUGAUUAAUGGAAAGCGUUCAUCGAUUUUAUCGAUUAAAUUUUAAGUACAUAGUUGUAACGUUGACAGCAUUUUUAAGAUAUUGCUCUUUUAUUAAUAUCCGAAAUGAGGUCUCGUCUGCGCCAUACUUUACGUCAGUACAAUUCGAUGAUCGAUCACUCUUUUAUAGUUGUAUCAAUAUUGGCGACAAACCUCGAGAGUACGUUUAGACGAUCAACCUUUUGAUGGAUCAUUCCUCUGGUAGACAAUCGAUUUGUUUUAUUAUAUUUGUCCUCUAAACUGCAUAAGAAAAUUGCCAACACAUCAUCCUUAUUCCAGAAUAUAAUCUUUCUAAUUUAAUGUUUCAAAAAAUAAAACCCAAAGUUAUAUUCAUUCAUACACCGGAAAGUGUUAACAUUGUUUGAAUAUUUAUGAACCUGUUUUAUUGAUUUAAUAGAGAAGAAAAUGUACAAUCAAAACGAUUCGAGUUACAAUCGUUUUUACGCGCCAGGAAUCUAUUUAUUUAUCUUUACAGAAAGUAAAACGUAUUCGCCUGUGUUUAGAAAGAAUCGUAUCUGCUUAUCUUUACAGAAAAUCUUUUCGUAUCCAUGCCCCGAAAAUAGCCACCUUCCAUCUCUAUUUUUGCAUCUCCCAUUUAUUCAAACCGAUAGUUUCCUUUUGACGGGACUUUUCUAUUCUCUUUUUCAUAUGUUACAGUUGCAGCAAAGUAGUCUUCGCUGGACGCUAAUUUUUCUUUAAUAAAGUUAUAAAAGAAAUAAAAGAAUCGAUACUCCUCUCUAAAUGAAAGAAGAUGCUAAAUUACAGUUUUUAACAAUUAUUAAUAUUUUCUAUAUAAAAAUAAAUUUUCAAAUUAGAAUAUAAUUAGGAAAUUUACAUCCCUUUACCUCGUAAGAGCGUACAUCGAGUACUUUUACAUUAGGAAUGUUUUCUAGCAAUUUUCACCGAUAAACACGUGUGUACGAAAGCCUUGUUUUCUUGCCUGACUGUUCGUCGACUCGUUCCACUUCCAGCUUGUCCCUUCCCCGAGUGACGAUAGCAAAAAGAAAACGGAGGGCGAGGCAACAUUGCAAACAGGCUUUGUAUCCACUUGCUGCUCACUCCACGUUCAGAUUUCGACACAGCAGCAUCGGUUUCUUCACUCAAAAAUUUCUGAGAAUGCAACAGAACACGGUGGUUGAAUUUCGACGCUAAACACGUGUUUUUGCAUCUUAUUGUCAAGAAUCUAUAAAUAUUAGGUGUUUUAGACAGAUAACUGUUUUUCUUCGAAACUGUUUCGUGGUUGUUUGUGAACACGUGGAUUUAGAAUGACUACGACGGAAGCGGAUGUGUUAUUGGAGGUGGAGAGGUUCUUUGACGAAGAGAAACGGAAGUGCAACGAGUUGAUGAACGAGUAUGUAAACGUAACGUCGAAGACCCCACUUCACUAUUGCGCCCCGCACUUCGAUGGAUUACUAUGUUGGCCGAACACCAAGGCAUCGACAACCGCGGUUUUACCCUGUCCUCUCGAAUCUCACUCAAACAACCGUGCGAUCGCGAUGGCUACCAAAGUUUGUCUCUCCAAUGGUCAGUGGUACACGAACGCGGACGAGAUUCCAGGGAGUAAUUACAGCUUAUGCGAAUUGUCCGACGAAUUCACCGCUCGUUAUCUCAUGGAGACCAUCGCGGACCUGGGAAUUGGGAUGACGCAUUCGCGAGACUACGGGAACUUUGAGUCCUUCCUGCUAGAUAAGUGGCUGCCUAUCGUCAGGAUCGUCUCCCAGAUAGGAUACGCCACGUCCUUCACCAUGCUGGUCAUCGCGAUGAUAGUAUUUUCUCUUCUCAGAAAACUUCGGAACCCGAGGAACAGACUACACAUGCACUUGUUCGCGUCUUUCAUCAUGAGAGCGUUCAUGGCUUUGAUCAGAGACUGGAUAUUCGUCGACGGUGUUGGUCUAGCCGUGGACGUCGUCUAUGUGGAUAAAAAUGCUUUUAUCAAGCAACGAAACUUCCAGACAUUGAUCUGCAAAACAAUCACCAGUGCCUGGCAAUUCUUCAUCGUGGCUAAUUAUUCCUGGAUCCUGAUGGAGGGGUUAUAUCUGCACAAUCUGGUCGUCCUUGCGUUCUGUGCCGACAGUGCAGCCAUCAAUUUAUACAUUCUUAUGGGAUGGGGCUUGCCUGUUUUCGUGGUUGUUCCUUGGAUAAUUAUUCGCGCUACAAUAGAAGACACGCUUUGUUGGACCACUCACGAUAAUCCUUCCGUGUUCCUGCUGAUUAGAAUACCGAUUAUGAUAUCAACUUUGUUCAACUUCCUGCUGUUCAUCAACAUAGUACGAGUACUCUUCAUCAAGUUCAAAACUUCCGUGCACCUGCAACGCAAGAAAAUGCAAUACAGUAGGUGGGCUAAAUCUACGUUAGUGUUGGUGCCCCUGUUCGGCGCUCAUUACACGCUCUUCUUGGGCCUCUCGUACCAUAAGGAUCAUCGAGUGGAACUUGUCUGGCUCUUCUGCGAUCAGUUCUUCGCCUCCUUCCAAGGUUCAUUCGUGGCUUUAUUAUACUGUCUGCUAAACAUCGAGGUGAGGACAGAAAUAAAACGUGCAUGGCAAGCCAGAUGGUCGAAGAACGUGAACAUUUGCAUUUCGAAUUGCCGUGAAUCGAGGAAAAGAAUAUCGAGUCGACAUUGUAGGCAAUCCAACGAUUACGAGCAACCGACGGUUUCCGGUACGACUAUGAGGAAUUUGUUCACGGUGCAAUCAGAGAGAAGAUCGAACGAUUACUGGCCUAAUGUUUUAGAAAUGGAGACGGGAUAAAUAAGAAUCUUUCCUUGAUUAAAAUAUUAUCUGAGUGUCCCACUUUUGUGCAAUAUUCACACUGCACUUCACAAAUAUUUCAAUCUUGCUAAAAGUUUAAUU